CCCCGGGGCGGCACUUCCCGGCCGGGACUCCCGACCCCCGCGGGACGCAGACGUCCGGGACCCCGCCGUGACCCCCGGGGGGGCUGGUCUAUGGGGGUGCCCCCUGUAACCCCCAUCUCCCAGGGGGCUGUGCGUGGGCCCCUCCCCUCCCAAACCCCGCCCUCCCCGGCGAUGGCGCUGGCGCGGCUGGAGCGGGACCCGGCGGGCGCGGGGCGGUUCGGUUCGGCCGUCCCCCCCCCUUGCCGCCACCGGCCCUGCGCCCUCGGCGUGGACGAGGCGGGGCGGGGGCCGGUGCUGGGGCCUAUGGUUUAUGGGAUCUGCUACUGCCCCGUGGAGAAGCUGGAGGAACUGGAGGCGCUGGGUGUGGCAGACUCGAAGACGCUGUCGGAGGGGGAGCGGGAGCGACGCUUUGGGCUGCUGGAGGCAGCGAGCGACAUCCUGGGGUGGGCACUGCACGUGCUGCCCCCCGACCACAUCUCUGCCUGCAUGCAGCAGCGAGCCAAGUACAACCUGAACGAGCUGUCGCACGAUACAGCUGUGGGCCUCAUCCAGUUCGCGCUAGACUCUGGGGUGCAGGUGGCCGAGGUGUUCGUGGACACAGUGGGGCCGGCAGAGAAGUAUGAGGCGAAGCUGCGGCAGCGCUUCCCGGGGCUGGAGGUGACCGUGCGCCCCAAAGCUGAUGGGCUCUUCCCCGUUGUCAGCGCCGCCAGCAUCUGUGCCAAGGUCGCCCGUGACCGGGCCGUGAAACACUGGAAGUUUGUGGAGGACCUGGAGGACAUCGACCGGGACUACGGCUCAGGGUACCCCAACGACCCCAAGACGAAGGAGUGGCUGCGGCGGCACCUCGAGCCUGUCUUUGGGUUCCCCCAGUUCGUGCGCUUCAGCUGGGGGACGGCGCAGGAGCUGCUGCAGCGCAGGGGGGUCCCCAUCAAGUGGGCUGAUGAGGACCCCAAGCAGGACCCUACGGCCCCCCCCUCGGUGCUCUCCUACUUCGCCCGGACCCCGGCCCGGCGACCCCCCCACCGCUUCUUCCAUGAGCGCAGCCUGCGGCCCCUGGCUGAGCUGUGACCCCCCCCCGGAAUGGGGGCCCCCCACCCCCCAAUAAAGCAAGUGAUUGUUUUUUU